GCGGCCGCCGGGGAGGCUCCGACGCCGAGCACUGGAAACCUGCUGUACCGAGAGGCGGCUGGAGGAGGAUCGGAGCUCGGUGCAGGGGAUUCGGCGCGGGGGUCUUGCUCUGCUCGGCGGGGAGGGAGCGGGCCCGCCCGCUUGGCCCGGGACGUCCGGAUCCGCCCCCUCCCCGGGCCCGCCCCCUCGGAGACUCCUCUGGCUGGUUUCGGGCUUCUCCCCGGCCGGGGCCCGGCGGUCCGGGCGCCAUGCGGGCAUCGCUGCUGCUGUCGGUGCUGCGGCCCGCAGGGCCCGUGGCCGUGGGGAUCUCUCUGGGCUUCACUCUGAGCCUGCUCAGCGUCACCUGGGUGGAGGAGCCCUGCGGCCCAGGGCCGCCCCAACCCGGUGAUUCUGAGCUGCCGCCGCGCGGCAACACCAACGCAGCGCGCCGGCCCAACUCGGUGCAGCCGGGAGCCGAGCGCGAAAGGCCCGGGGCCGGCGCCGGAGAGAACUGGGAACCGCGUGUCUUGCCCUACCACCCUGCACAGCCUGGCCAGGCCGCCAAAAAGGCCGUCAGGACCCGCUACAUCAGCACAGAGCUUGGCAUCAGGCAGAAGCUGCUAGUAGCCGUGCUGACCUCACAAGCCACGCUGCCUACGCUGGGCGUCGCUGUGAACCGCACACUGGGCCACCGGCUGGAGCGUGUGGUGUAUCUGACAGGCUCGCGGGGCCGACGGACACCACCGGGCAUGGCCGUGGUGACACUGGGCGAAGAGCGGCCCAUUGGGCACCUGCACCUGGCACUGCGCCACCUGCUGGAACAACACGGCGAUGACUUUGACUGGUUCUUCCUAGUGCCAGAUGCCACCUACACCGAGGCACACGGACUGGCGCGCCUGGUUGGCCGCCUUAGCCUGGCUGCCGCUGCCCAUCUUUACCUGGGCCGCCCCCAGGACUUCAUUGGUGGAGAGUCAGCCCCCGGCCGCUACUGCCAUGGCGGCUUCGGAGUGCUGUUAUCACGCACGCUCCUGCAGCAACUGCGCCCCCAUCUGGAAAGCUGCCGCAACGAUAUCAUCAGUGCACGCCCGGAUGAGUGGCUGGGACGCUGCAUCCUGGAUGCCACUGGAUUGGGCUGCACUGGCGAUCACGAGGGGUUACACUACAACUAUCUGGAGCUGAGUCCAGGGGACCCUGUGCAAGAGGGGGACCCUCGUUUCCGCAGUGCCCUGACAGCCCACCCUGUGAAUGACCCUGUGCACAUGUACCAGCUGCACAAAGCUUUCGCCCGAGCUGAGCUGGAACGCACGUACCAGGAGAUCCAGGAAUUGCAGUGGGAGAUCCAGAACACUAGCCGACUGGCAGCGGAUGGGGAACUGGCAGCUGCCUGGCCCGUGGGCAUUCCAGCACCAUCCCGCCCAGCCUCCCGCUUUGAGGUGCUGCGCUGGGACUACUUCACGGAGCAGCAUGCUUUCUCUUGUGCUGAUGGCUCACCCCGCUGCCCGCUGCGUGGGGCUGACCAGGCUGAUGUGGCUGACGUUCUGGGGGCAGCCGUGGAGGAGCUCAACCGCCGCUAUCACCCAGCCCUGCGGCUCCAAAAGCAGCAGCUGGUUAAUGGCUACCGACGCUUUGAUCCCGCCCGGGGUAUGGAGUACACACUGGACUUGCAGCUGGAGGCGCUCACCCCGCAGGGCGGCCGCCGGCCCCUCACCCGGCGGGUGCAGCUGCUGCGACCUCUGAGCCGGGUGGAGAUCUUGCCCGUGCCCUACGUCACUGAGGCCUCACGGCUCACUGUGUUACUGCCUCUGGCUGCUGCCGAGCGUGACCUGGCCCCAGGCUUCCUGGAAGCCUUCGCGACUGCAGCACUAGAACCUGGUGAUGCCGCAGUGGCCCUGACCCUGCUGCUACUGUAUGAGCCGCGACAGGCUCAGCGGGCGGCCCACGCUGACGUCUUCGCCCCUGUCAAGGCCCACGUGGCAGAGCUGGAGCGGCGCUUCCCUGGGGCCCGGGUCCCCUGGCUCAGCGUGCAGACAGCCGCGCCCUCACCACUGCGCCUCAUGGAUUUGCUGUCCAAGAAGCACCCCCUGGACACACUGUUCCUGCUGGCCGGGCCGGACACUGUGCUCACGCCCGACUUCCUGAACCGCUGUCGCAUGCACGCCAUCUCUGGCUGGCAGGCCUUCUUUCCCAUGCACUUCCAGGCCUUCCACCCGGCGGUCGCGCCACCCCAGGGCCCCGGGCCGCCGGAGCUGGGCCGGGACACUGGCCGCUUUGAUCGCCAGGCCGCCAGCGAGGCCUGCUUCUACAACUCCGACUACGUGGCAGCUCGAGGGCGGCUGGCGGCAGCCGCAGAGCAGGAGGAGGAGCUGCUGGAGAGCCUGGAUGUGUACGAGCUCUUCUUGCGCUUCUCAGGCCUGCACGUGCUGCGAGCGGUGGAGCCGGCACUGCUGCAGCGCUACCGCACGCAGACGUGCAGCGCGCGCCUCAGCGAGGACCUUUACCACCGCUGCCGCCAGGGUGCGCUCGAGGGCCUGGGCUCCCGCACCCAGCUGGCCAUGCUGCUCUUCGAGCAGGAGCAGGGCAACAGCACCUGAUCCUGGCCUGUGCCGCCCGGCGACACGCUACCCCCACUCCUCCUGCAAUGACCCAGAACCACUUCCCAGCCUCGCCGGACAGGGCUGGCUUCCGCCGGGGACCCCAGGGCCACCACAGGGCCGGUCUCUGGUUUUGCGGUGGGCCUCGGGCUCAGGACCAGCCCUGAGGAAUAGAGGCCCCCCAUUCCUGACGCGACCCCACCUCCCUGCACCCUCGACGCUGCCUAUUCAGGCUGUGGCCUCAGAGUAUUUAUGCAGUGCAGUCUGCCUAACGCCAGCCGGGCCUCCCAGGGUCAGGCCCUGGGGCUGGGUUGUAGAUGUACCUUACCGUGAGGAAGGCGGAAGCAGGGAGGAGAGGGUGGGUCGUCUUCCCUCAGGACCCCUGAUGAAGCUGCCUGCCCUCAAUAAACUGGCUGAGUGUGGCCUAGUGA